AUCUAGAAGAUAAAUAGAUAAUCAAUUUGCAAAUCACACGAGAAUACCCAUCUCUAUCAAAACAAAUCAUCUCUAACUGUGUCUGACACACAAGUUUAACAUGCUUAAGGCAUUUUAAAGAAGGGGCAAAAAGGGAAUAUAAUAGAUAAAUGGUCAAAUAGCAUAGUUUAACUUUUCCCGUUGCGUAUAUAAACCGUCCAUUAUCGGAAGUUAACACGUUCUCUUCAUCUGCCAACGGUUACAGAUUUAUUUAGUUUAUUAAAGGAGAGUAGAAGAAAACGAACUUGAACCGUCAGAAAUGAAGAAAUCUGGAAUUCUUGCAGCCUCUAUCUCUGCAGUCGCUUCCGCCACGGCCAUCUCCGCCGCGUCUACCAACACCUCCCUAUCAUUCUCUUUGCCGGAAACCAAUCUUUCCCGCCAGGAUUCAAAAGAAAAACAGAGGAAGAAGAAAGGUUCGGAAGAUGAAGGAGAUGAAAAGUUUGCUCCAAGGUUUGAUGGGUUAAGAUUCAUCGAGACGCUUGUUACUGCUCAUCGGUGACCUUUUCCAUUAUUCUCAUUUGUCAGAGUUUGCCAUAUUUUUUCUCCAAUUGAUCAAAAAACAACAAAAAUUACUGAUUUAAAUGUUUCUCCAUUUUUUUUAAUUUCAUCUCAUUAUAGUAACUUUGGGUUAAUAUGUAACACCCUGGAAAACUUUAUAUACCACCAAGAGGCAUGUUCCUAUUUGUCGUUCUUGAUACAUGCCUUCUUAUAUAAAAGGCCUUGGAGAUUAACU